AUGCCCUCGAUACUAUCGGCGCAUGUCACGCCACUCAGCAUGAGCGUUUCGAUCUGCACGGCUUGCCGCUGCCUUUCGUACGAAUACUAUCUCUCGAAUUCAUCAUCGCGAUUACUCGCUGCCUCGAAGACCGGUUUCAAGGUCGUCUGCUUCUUCUCUGAGGGUCCGCUCGACCAGACCUAUAGGAGGAGGAGGAGGGGCAGGAGGAGGAAAGCAUCGGAUCGGGGGCAGAACAAGAGUGCCCAGCAGGGUGCCGCGUCUGCGACCGGUGCGAGGAAGUAA